GAAGCUCCUCCUAGAGAGCUGGACCUGCUGCGCUAUGACAUGAAGGACUUGUGGAAGAGCCCCAAAGCGGCUCUGUGGCUAGGCUUUGCGGGACUGAUCCCCUUUGUUGCCCCUCCUCUCGUCAUGGGCGUGACUGAAAGUUACAUUCCCGACUUGCCUACGCUCAGUUGGCCUACAGCGUCUCCAAUCGUUUCUUCUUUCCUGGGCGGCGCUCGCUGGGGCUACGCCCUCCCCGAGGGCAGCCCGGCCAAAGCCGACUGGCUCAACUUGAGCAACAGUGUGGUUCCUUCCCUCUUGGCCUGGGUUACCAUGCUCCUGGCUGAGAGCAUUGUUCCUGCAAUGACUAUGGCUAUUAUGGCGCUGGGAAUCUCCCUUCACUACGAUCUGUCUCUGCUGCCCACUUACCCGAGCUGGUUUAAAGCCCUGCGCGCCGUCUUGAGCGUCGUGGCGUUUUUUUCCCUCAUGGGCACACUCGUUGCACAUGGAAUGUACCCGGAGAAAAGCUUUUUUCAGAGUGAGAAACAGUCUCGUCGCGUGAGAGUUGUGCAAAAGGUUGGUCGUUGUCGAGUCAAAGAGAAAUGGCACUCCAAUGUGAACAUACGGUGCAUUUGAAAUUCAAUCGAUCAAAUCAACGAAUGAAAUAAACGAUCGAACAAAAUCACUGAGCUCGAAGAGUUUUCGUCAGCCCAUU